CCGACAAUAAUAGCAUGAUCAUUGCAUCGUGUUCGUGAGUUCAUUAGGGCGGGAAUGUGAACAAUUUGAAAGAAACCGCCAGAGAUGGAGGAAACCAUAUCCAGCAUAGCGGCGGAGUUAGACGACCACCGCGACAACCACCGCACCGCAGAACCACCGCCACCUCUCUCCGAACAAUCCCUAUCACAUCUCCAACACCUCCUCAACUCCGCCCACCCACCACCCGCCUUCGACGACGCCGUUUUCCUCUCCUACCUCAUCCCCUACAUCGCCUCCGCCAUGGACUCCUCCCCUACCCACCACUCCCUCCUCGCCUCCGACGUCUUCCUCUCCCUCCUCCUCUCCCCCAACGCCCCCGUUUUCACCCUCUUCACCCCUCUCUCCUCCCUCUCCUUCCUCCGCUCCCUCCGCCGCUCCUUCAAAAACCCUCCCUCCGGCAAGAGAAAACGCGCUCCGAGCAAACCGCCACAAAUCGACGAAACCACCGAACCACUCGAUGUUAGGGUUUUGCUCCACCUCCUCGAGAAGCUUCUCCGCGUCAUGGCUCUGAUCCCCCUCAGCCACUUCCCCGAGACUCUCAAAUCCCUCGUUCACACCAUCGCCGAGGUUCUGGCGGUGGCGCUCGAAACUUGCGGAAACACAGCGGAAAACAGCAAAUUGCUUGGUCUCUGUUCACGGGUGCUGAAGGAGGCUCUGAAACCAGAGCAUGGAGACGCUUCUGACACUGCUGCUGAGGUUUUGAAGUCGCUGAGUUCCAUCCUUUUCAUGCCCAGGUCGCAAGCUAGGACGUUUGCGCUCGGUUUCGUUACGGGCCUUGCCGGGGAUGAUUCUGAUGGGGUGAAGAAGGCCCUGGUUAAUUUUCCGAGGUAUUUGGCGAAGAGGGCACCGGAGAAGUCUGAACUCAGAGCAUUGGCUGUGGAUUCCGUUGUUGAGGUUGUCCGGGUCAUGGCAUUGGAGGAUCAAGUUGAGUUUGUUAGGUUUGUGCUGAAGAUGGGUCAAGGGAAGCAGAAUCUUAGGCUUUUGGCGGUUGAUCUUAUGUUGAACAUGGUAACUACUUGGAAGGAUCCGUUGAGGGUGGAUUUGGAGGAGGAAGGGAAUGAGGCGUGGGGGGUGUGGUGUUUAGAGGCGUUGGUGAAGCGUUGUUCGGAUGUGAGUGCUGUGGUUCGAGCACGAGCUUUGUCGAACCUGGCUCAGAUGGUGGGGUUUCUCUCACGUGAGGCUAAUGCUAGGGUGGCUUUGAAAGAGUUUAUUGUGGGGUUUGGUGAUGGAAAUGUUGAAGGUGGUGGAAUCAAUGGUUUGCUGAGGAAAAGGUGCGUGGAUGAGAAGGCAGCUGUAAGGAAGGCUGCACUUGUUCUGGUUCCUAACUUAACUGCUCUUCUUGGAGGUGCAAUUGAUGACGUGCUGCUCAAGGCAAUGGGCAUGGCUUGCUCGGAUCCACUUGUUAGCGUGCGGAAAGCAGCGGUUGCGGCUCUUUCGGAGGUUUUCAGAGCAUUUUCUUCUGAGACAGUAAUAACUGAGUGGCUACAUUCAGUUCCUCGUCUAAUAACUGACAAUGAGUCUAACAUCCAAGAAGAAUGUGAGAACAUGUUUCAAGAACUUGUUUUGGAUCAGAUAUCUAGAGCUGCUUCUGCUACCUCUUCCUAUAGUGAAUCUAUCUCGAAUAGAAAUGUGAAAGGAAAAUUUUUAGACAAAGAGAUGGAGAUGCUUUUCCCCCAAGGAAUUCUGUAUCUCCUGAGAGAGAUUUGCAAUGGGGAUGUGAGCCCUUGGGUGAAGAAAAUUUGCACAAGCCUGGGCAAAAAGAAACGGAUGAAUGAAAAAAUUGUUUCAGCACUUCAGAAUAUAAUCAGUGUGUCCGAGAAUAUCUGGCUGAGCCAUUCCAUGCCAAUAAAAAAGUGGACUGCUCCCCCAGGUGCUUGGUUUCUUUUAUCAGAGGUGUCAGCAUUUCUUCCAAAUGCAGUGGAGCAGGGUUUUAUUUUUCAUCAUUGGGAGCUUUUUGACAAACAUGAAGUGGAAGGUGAGCUUAAAUGGCCAUCUGUACAAAGAAAUGAUUUUGAAGAGGAAGAAAGCAUAGAAUGCAACUCUGUUGCCUGGGCUAGUGACCGAGUUUUUCUCUUACAAACAAUCUCUAAUGUUUUUGUGGAGAUGCCUUGUGAUCAUGCAGCUCAAGAUCCUGAAGAUCCUGCAGCUGGAUUGAGUUUUAAAUUGAUCGAACGGGUUCAAGAAUUCAAUAUGCAUUCAACAGAGGUUGAUGCUCAUUUAAAAGCAGUUAAAACCUUGCUCAAGCGCAAAGCUUCAAAUAUCAUGGAGGAAAAAGCAUUAAUCUCGACAUGUGUAGACCUUGUUCUCCCUAAAGCUUAUGAAAUAGUAGAGAAGUUCAUCUUGGAGAAUUCAGGGGAAAAUACAGAAAGUGAAUUCUUCACUCCACCUAGAAGUAGGACUAGAAAAGGCAGGAAAUCAAUAGGAAUGGGCAAGUCAUUGUUAAAAACAAUUACAGCGGUUUAUACUAUUGGGUCUUUAGUUAUUGUAUUCCCAUCUGCUGAUAUGAGCACUAUAGUUCCAUUACUGCAUACUAUCAUCACUUCCGGGAAUUCUGGCCCCAAAUUAAAUAAACCUGGCCUUGCAACCUCUCUACAACAAGAAGCUCCUUCUGUUUACAUUCAAGGGUGGCUGGCCAUGGGUAAACUUUGCCUUGCUGAUGGAAAGCUCGCAAAGAAUUAUAUUCCUCUGUUUGUACAGGAGCUUGAAAAGACUGAAUCUGCAGCUCUCCGCAAUAACAUUGUGGUCAUUAUGACAGAUUUUUGUGUUCGGUACACUGCUCUUGUUGAUUGUUAUAUAAAAAAGAUCACAAGGUGUCUUUUAGAUCCUUGUGAAAUUGUACGAAGGCAGACAUUCAUAUUGCUCUCGAGGUUGUUGCAGAGGGACUAUGUGAAAUGGAGAGGAGUGCUAUUUCUUCGGUUCCUUUUGUCACUUGUUGAUGAAUCAGAAAAAAUCAGACAGUUAGCAGAUUUUCUCUUUGGAAAUAUUUUGAAAGUCAAGGCGCCUCUUUUAGCAUAUAAUAGUUUUGUUGAGGCUGUUUUUGUUUUGAAUGACUGCCAUGCCCAUAACGGACAUCGCGAGUCCCAAGGAUCACGAAGGGAAAGCGAGCUAUUUUCCAUCAGGGGUACUGAUGAAAGGUCAAGGUCUAAAAGAAUGCACAUUUAUGUUUCUUUACUAAAACAAAUGGCUCCUGAACAUCUUCUAGCAACCAUUGCCAAGUUAUGUGCUGAAAUUCUAGCUGCAGCUUCUGAUGGUAUGCUCAAUAUAGAAGAUGCAACUGGACAAUCUGUUCUUCAGGAUGCUUUUCAAAUUCUUGGCUGCAAAGAGAUACGCAUCCCUUCCACUCGCACCUCAUCAGCUGAGACAGAAGAUAUAGAAGAAGGCGGAGAAAAUGGAUCUGCAGCUAGAGGAAAGGCGAUAACUCAGGCGGUCAAGAAAGGUCUUAUCCAGAACACUAUCCCAAUCUUCAUAGAGUUGAAACGCUUAUUGGAAACCAAGAAUAGUCCCCUCAUAGGCUCUCUCAUGGAGUGCCUCCGUGUCCUUCUCAAGGACUACAAGAAUGAGAUUGAUGACAUAUUGGUUGCUGAUAAGCAGCUGCAGAAAGAGCUUAUCUAUGAUAUGCAAAAAUAUGAAGCAGCAAAAGCUAAAGCAACAGUUGCUGAAGCUGUUGCCACCAGGCUAGAAUCUGAUGCAAAUCAAACACCUGAUGUUUCUAAUAAUGUAACCAAGACACAAGGACAAACACUUGGACAAAGUAAGGGCAGCAACGAGGUUCCAAGUGGUUCGAAAGUUGCUUCAGCAAUGGCAGAUGCGGCUGCUGCAGAAACAGCUCGUUCGGUGCUAAGGGAAAUCAACAAUGGGAAAGGGACACCAUCACUUAGUUCUUUCAGCGUUCCAAAAGUGAUGUCUGCUGCUGGUGCAUGCCAAUCUAGAGAUGUGAAGCACAUGGAUGUCAUACAGUCAUUGAGGAAAAAACACUCAUUUGAUUCUGAUGAAGAAAACUAACCAGAAAAUGUAUUUAAAAUUGUAUUUAAAGAGACAAAUGUGGUGUGGGGUUCAUAUUCUUUGUUCAUUGUUCGUUGCAUGAUGAUGUAAAUAAAUUGGCAGGAACUGACUUUUUACUAAUAAAAACAA